GGAAAAGGAUCGUUUGAAAGAAACAGUGCUCCCUGCAGGAGUCUGCCUGCCGCUCAGCCAGUCAAGCAAGGGGGUGAGGAGCCCGGGGUCCACUCCCAGGCCAGCUGGACCAGAGCCAGGAGGGGGCCACCUCUGUCCCGCUGGACUUUGCUCUGCAUCCCCGCCCCCGCCGGCCCUCCCAUGGGGGCUGCCUUCGCCAUGGCCUUCCUCUGGCUGGCGGUGUGCCUGACGCCCAUCUCCUGCCUGCUGCAGAUGGACCAGGAUCCAGACCCAGUGAUUAAGAACUUAAGGAUGGAUCCAGAGAGAAAAAGGAUGAGCUGGGACCUCCACGGAAAUGUUUCCCAAAUUUGGUGCUUUGUGAAUUCAAGACGUGCCCAUAAGGCACGAAACAACACUUACUGCAAAUUUGCUCACAUCCCGUGCCAAGCGACCAACUACAGCGUGAGUGUGACCCAGGGGCCACCGUUCUCCGGGUGGAUUCAGUACCCUAAGCUGGAAGGGAAGGCCAGGGCGGCGGCAGAGAACCUGACCUGCUGGGUUCACGACGCGGACUUGCUGACGUGCACCUGGGCGGUGGGCAGGGAGGCCCCGCGGGACACGCAGUAUCACCUGUACCUGGAGAACCUACAUUCCUUCCAGAAGUGGCCGUGCUCCCAGUACAGACAGGACGAGUGGGGGACAAACGUCGAGUGUCGUUUCGACGACCUCUCUGUAUUGUCCCCGGAGCUGAACCGUUUCUCUGUCAAUGGCAGCAGCCGAGAGUCCCCGAUCCCCUGCUCUGAAAUCACAAAAACAUUACACGAAAUUGAGAGACUGACUGCGCCCACCAUCACGAGUGCCUGGUGCAACCAGACCUAUUCCAUCGUCCAGUGGCAGGUGCGCAGCCACUUCAGGGAGGACUUCGAGUAUGAACUUGAAAUGCAGCAGGGCGCGCACCUCGAACACAAACAGACUGAGGACAACUUCCUGAAGCUGAGCAAUCCUGGAACCUACACCGUGAGAAUAAGAGCCAGGCACACGGCCAUGCUGGCCCCCUCGUGGGGCGAAUGGAGUGUCCGGGAGCGCUUCGUAUGUGGCCGCGCGCCCCUCCCGGUGUGGCUGACCUCUUUGCUGAUCGCGCUGGGGACGCUGCUCGCGCUGGCGCUGGUGCUCCUGCUUUGCAGAAGGUACGCGGUGAUGCAGCAGCUGUUCCCGCCCAUCCCUCACGUGAAAGACCCCAUCAGUGACCACCUUCAGAACGAGAGGAUGGUACGUGGUGGUCCUGCGGUGCGUGGGUCUGUUGGCCACGAGGGGUGGCCAGGAAAGAUUGCCAGAUGGCCUGGGAGGAAGAGAAGCAGCAGGAGUGCCCAGUGGCGGAGGUGCAGAUUUUGGGGGAAAACUGAAACUGGUGCACAGCCCUCGCUCUCUGCAGGGAGGAGGGGGCUGGGUGGAGGCGCACAGCCUGGCGGUGGUGGGACGAUUGGGCGUUUGUGGGGGCGGGUGGUGGGGAGCCCAAUGCAGUUUACGCGGGGUUAUCUCCCAGAAGAAAAUAAAAUUUCUGUUGUGCUUAUUUCUCAAAUAAAGGGCUUUUUCACCCCCUUACUUGGUCCUGGAGGUGGGGGGUCACCCCAACGCCACCAGGACGCACUUUCCAGCCUCCUGGAAUUGGCUGCAUCUGCUCCCACGUCCACUGGACUGGCUCCUUCCUGAGUCCUGAGCGGCCUUUGCUGGUCUGGUUUCUCUGUCUUUAACUGUAUUUUGUUUUCUUGCAGCAAAUCCCCUUUGGAAGCCCCUUAGAUCCCGUGCAAGGGAGGCGACCCCAGGGACGGCACACAGACCACGGGUUCGGGCAGCAGACAAGGGGGUGUCAGGGCAGCGUUUCCUGUAGAGGGGGGCAGAUGCAGAGGGGCGGCCUUGCGUCCAGAGACUUGGCGGGGGAGGGGGAAGCCGGGGAGCCCAGCUGUCUGCCACCCUGAAGGACACCCACGGGCAGGCGCCCGGGAAAGACACCCCACGGGAAAGCAGGUCUCCACGCGGUGGCGCUUCCCAGGAGUGACCUCAUCCCUCAACCUCUGUUAUGUGUCAGCAUCGCCAGUUUGUGCAUAAAGAAUUCACCCUGAAUCACAGAUGCAGACUCGCUCAGGUCGAGGUCACUGCUGCUGCCGAUUUAGCGCAAAGCCCUGCGGGGGCUCUGUUUCAAGCUGCUGGUUGAACAAGCCCUUAAACAGACGGUUCUCCAGUGAGCUAAACUGCACAACUCCGAAUCCAGAACUUAGCACGCUUCAGCACAGUUCCAGAUGGUGUCCGGGUUUGAAGUCACUGCACCGCCCGUGCUGAGGCUCAGAAGGCAGGGCUGCAGCGAGGAGCAGGUGUGAGUGCUGACCGGUCAUGUCCUGCUGCUUCUCACCUGGUUACCUGCAGCUGACCUUGGGGAAGCCUGCUAACGUUUCUAACCUGACGUCGCUGUGGUCUCGAGGUGUAGCACGAGAUCUGCCUUCCAGGGGACUAAGCUGGCCUCUGGGACUGUCCCCGCCUCCAGCUCCUGUACUAACCCCCUCAGCGUCGCCUGGUCCUAGGAGCCAGGGGACAGCUCUCGCCUGGGCGGCCGAGUGCAGGGCAGACACCGGCGAUGCUCCCUGACCUCUAGGGGAACCAGGGGAGCUGGCCCUCAACGUGAGAAACCAGGAUCCGGGGUCCGCCUGGUGGAAGCUCCCCGACAAGUUCUGUCCCUGCAGUGACCUUGAGAAUUUGUGCAGAAACGGCUCUGGGGGAUGAAGGAAGCCAACAUGCCUGGGGCUGGGGGCCCAGCACGUCAGGUGGAGGCGCAGGCCCACCACACAGGGGAGGCUAUGGGUUGAACAGUGCCUGCCGCUGCGGGGCUCCUGUGAUUCGACUCCAGCUACAGUGUGGGCUGGGAUGGUGAGCGGCAGGGAAGCUCAGAAAUCUCAAGUACCCCUCACCACCCAAGGGUGGACCCCACGACAUGCCUGGCUGUUCCCCCAGCCACCUCUCCUGGAGGCAGAUGGAGACCACCCCGUCUGCUCAGACCCCCACACCCCUCCCCUUGUACAAGUCCAAGCAAAUCACAAACACAACCGCGUCUUGAGUCCCGGUUUUAUUCUGUAGCGGAAUGCCCAACGUAGAACGUCAUUGCAAGUAUUCGGCUGUGCAAAAGAGAAUAGUGCUUAAGUACAAAUGGGAGACAUGAUUUGUUUUAAAUAAAUACUUAAACACGGGUUGGUCCUACAAGCACCUGGAGUCUAGGUCUGCCUUGGCGGAGCUGCCUCACCUGUGGACCCACGAAGACGCCAUGAUUCCCCUCCCCCCAAUCAACGCAUGGACCCGCGGUGCCGACGGCCGCGCUGACAACGUGCCCUCGGCCGGAGCUGCCCGGCCCUCCGCAAGGCCUGGAAUUUCUCGAAGGUCAGUGGUCCGUAAGUUAGGUGUCAGUAUCACUCUCCGGGGCCCUGCGGGCCCGGGCCCGCGGCGCCUAGAUGACCUUCUUCAGUUCGUCGUACAGGACCAGCACGAAGGCGCCGCCCAUGCCGCGCAGGACGUUGGACCA